AGUUCAGAUUCCAACGGUAUUGCUUCAUUGAAAUCGCAAUGUUCUCCGAGUUUUUUAGUCAGUUGGUGGCCGAGUUCGUCGGCACCUUUCUAUUCGUGCUCACCAUCACACUGGCCUCCAUUGGCGUCGGCACUCUCGCCCCGCUGGCCAUCGGCUUUAUGCUCGCUGCAAUGUGCUUCACCUUUGGCUACAUCAGCGGUGCCCACUUCAACCCCGCCAUCUCGUUUGCCGUUUUCAUCAACCGCAAAAUGACGCUGCGCCGCACUCUCUUUUACUUGUUCGUGCAGUUGGCCGGCUCCUUCUGCGCGUCUCUCUACGCGUCCAUCAUCGUAGGCCUCAACAUCCCUGCACCGGAAACGAACGCGGAUGUGCUGAACGUCUGGCAGGCACUGCUGUGCGAGAUGGUCUACACCUUCGCCCUCACCUCCGUCGUCCUGCACGUCUGCUUCUCUCGACAGCGCACGAACGACUUCUACGGCUUCGCGAUCGGCAUGACGCUGACGGCGGCCGGCUUCGCGGUAGGCGGCUUCACGGGUGGUGCCUUCAACCCCGCGGUGGCCACCGGCAUGCAGCUCGUUGCCUGCAUCGGCGGUAAGUGCCGCCCUCUCAUCUUCUUCUGGGUGUAUUGGAUUGCGCCGAUUGGUGGAGCGUUCAUUGCCACCGUUGUGUAUCAGCUCCUCGACACGCACGAGCGCGUUCCGGUGCACAUCGACAAAGAGGCGGUUUACUAA